ACAGGUAGAAUCAUACCUGAGUUAGUAUAUGAUGAAUGACUGGGUGGUGUAACAGGUAGAAUCAUACCUGAGUUAGUAUAUGAUGAAUGACUGGGUGGUGUAACAGGUAGAAUCAUACCUGAGCUAGUAUAUGAUGACUGACUGGGUGGUGUAACAGGUAGAAUCAUACCUGAGCUAGUAUAUGAUGACUGACUGGGUGGUGUAACAGGUAGAAUCAUACCUGAGCUAGUAUAUGAUGACUGACUGGGUGGUGUAACAGGUAGAAUCAUACCUGAGCUAGUAUAUGAUGACUGACUGGGUGGUGUAACAGGUAGAAUCAUACCUGAGUUAGUAUAUGAUGAAUGACUGGGUGGUGUAACAGAGGGAUUACCGGUGACGCGCUGCUCGUCCCCGCCUCCCCGGUGUUGUCCCCGGUAGAGAGAGAGAACAUGUCGGUCCGGUCGGUGCUCUCCGUCUCCGGAGUCCUGAAGCCUGUAUUCAGCCAGCGGUUAACCAACCGGACAACCAGCCGGUUAACUAGCCGGUUAACCCAGGUAGGAGUUCACCAGCAGGUUUAUGGAGCAGCUCCAUGUAAUCAGAGACACAAGUCCACCUACACCACCAUCCCUCCACCGGCGCGGUACGGCGGCAGACACACCGUCACUCUGAUCCCUGGAGACGGCAUCGGACCGGAGCUGGCCCGCCACGUGUGUGAGCUGUUCCGGUUCUGCUGUGUACCGGUGGACUUUGAGGUUGUCAACGUGGACUCAUCUAUGACCUCAGAGGACGACAUCGAUAAUGCCAUCAUGGCUAUCAGACGCAACGGAGUCGCACUAAAAGGUAACAUUGAGACCAACCACAACCUGCCGCCAUCCUACAGGUCCAGAAACAACCUGCUCCGCACCGGUCUGGAUCUGUACGCCAACGUGAUGCACUGCCAGUCUCUGCCAGGAGUGAGGACACGGCACAGAAACAUGGACAUCAUGAUCAUCAGGGAGAACACAGAGGGAGAGUACAGCAGCCUGGAGCACGAGAGCGUACCGGGUGUUGUUGAAUGUCUGAAGAUCAUCACCAGGACCAAAUCUUUACGCAUCGCUGACUACGCGUUCAGAACAGCUCGGGCCAAAGGACGCCGCCUGGUCACUGCUGUCCACAAAGCGAACAUCAUGAAGUUGGGUGACGGCCUUUUCCUGGAGUGCUGUAAGGAGGUUGCCAGCGGUUACCCCGAGAUCACCUUCGACAGCAUGAUCGUGGACAACACUACCAUGCAGCUGGUUUCUAGGCCCCAGCAGUUCGAUGUGAUGGUCAUGCCCAACCUGUACGGCAACGUCGUGAGCAAUGUGUGUGCCGGGCUGGUUGGUGGACCGGGCCUGGUACCUGGAGCCAACUAUGGAGAGGACUACGCUGUGUUUGAGACGGGCACCAGGAACACUGGGAAGAGCAUCGCUAACCAGAACACCGCCAACCCCACGGCCAUGCUGCUGGCCUCCUGCCUGCUGCUGGACCACCUGAAGCUGCAUGCCUACGCCAGCAUGAUCCGCAGAGCGGUCCUGUCCACAGUCACCGAGACCCGGCUGCACACUGCUGACCUGGGAGGCCACGGCUCCACCUCUGAAGUGGUCCAGUCCAUCAUGAACGCCGUUCAGAGCACCGGGCCUCGGACUCUGAGCAUCUAGAACAAACACACAGAAAUAUACAAGAGAGAGAGUAUAUACUGUAUAUAUAUACUGUAUAGUACAUAAGUAGGCCUCUCUUCUGUAGGUCUUCUUUGCAGUUUUAUAAUAACAGUAAAGAGUUGUUUGAUAGUGACAUGAAACUGUA